AGGUUGUGCAAUGCUAAUGAAUUAGGUGUGAUGACAGAAGUGGGUUUCAUGGUGGAGUUAAUGCUGCUUCCGGGGUUAGUGCUAUCCAGGCACUGAAUCACAGCAGUGCUUUUCAGUGCCGUUUGUUAUUUCCUGUGCCCAGUGACAGCAACAGAGCAGAGUCUCAUCAUGAAGAAGAAAUACAGGUUCACACUCCAAUCUUACCUAGAAUAGGAAUUUCCACUUUGUGCAAAUCAGCUGCAGGACUGACUGUGAGAUGUAAUAUAUAUAAAGCUGGCAAUGUGUGCUUACAUCAGAUGAUAACUUUCAAGAGGUUGAAAGAACUUCCUGCCUGUGAAUUUUUAAGUAGCCAGGAAUAUGGUGGAAGCAGUACUGAUUGAUCUGUUCAGCCUGCCAGCCAACUUGCACAGUGACAUUCAAGGAGUACUGCGUAACACCCUGGAAACUAUUGAGAAGUGCUCUUCCACUCCUGCUCCAUUUGUUUAUGUCAUGUGCUGCCAGAUGCCAGAGAGUGAAAGGAAAGGUGAACAAGAAUCCUUGUUUCCAGCUCUGAGAGAUUUCCAGAGUAUGAAGGAAGGACUUAAGGUGGUAUGUGCUCAGACUACAGCUGCUGUGUUGUACACCAUCAAACAAAUACUUGAUGAAAAGGACUUAAGCAUCAUUAAAGUCAUUCUCCCCCCCCUAAGGAAAGAAUUAAUGAAAGUAUAUAUAGACCAUCUUUUUACUGCAGUCUACCAGUUUGAAUUUGAGGAUUUAAUCACGGCAUCUGAUUGUAAUAACCUGCAGACAAUUGGACCAAAGAGUGAAAAGCAAACAGUUUCUACACAGGAUGUGGCACUCGUCCGAAGUGAGAUUCAGAUGCACUUGGAAAGCCUGCCAAGCCUGAAAGGGGAGCUCACCAUCCUCAAAUCUUCCCUAAUUCCAGAUGACAUCUUCCUACAUGGAUUCACCACAAGGACAGGUGGGAUCUCCUACAUACCAACUCUAAGCUCCUGCAAUCUUUUCAGCAGUUCUAAGCGGAGGGAUCCACAAGCUGUUGUUAAAGAAAACCUCCGCAGGCUUGCUAAUGCUGCGGGAUUUAAUCCAGAGAACUUUCACAGAGUCAAGACUGAUCAUGCUAACGCUGUGUGUGUUAUGGGAAAGACAGAGCCUAACAGCUAUGAUGGAAUAGUUACAAAUCAGAAAGGUGUUACAAUAGCAGCUCCAGGGGCUGAUUGCAUACCAUUGCUGUUUGCUGAUCCUGUCAGAAAAGUCUGUGGUGCUGCUCAUUCUGGAUGGAAAGGCACACUGUUAGGAGUUUCCAUGGCCACAGUAAAUGCUAUGGUAUCUGAAUACAGAUGUAAUGUGAAAGAUAUCCUUGUGGUCCUGGGUCCAUCUGUAGGACCUUGCUGCUAUAAACUUCCUCGUGAAUCAGCUGAAGAGUUUCACAGAAUUGAUCCAAAGUGUGUGCGACAGUUUGACUCUGCAGCUCCAUACAUUGAUAUUAGAAGAGCAACACGGAUUCUUCUGGAGAGCGGUGGCAUUCUUCCUGAGAACAUCCAAGAUGAUUCUGUCACAGACCAGAACCAAAACAUCACUUUCUGUACUGCAUGCCACCCUGAUAAAUUUUAUUCUCACUUUCGUGAUGGCACUAACUUUGGUACACAGAUUGGUUUCAUAUCAAUCAAAGACUGACAGAGUACCCCAUAAUAUGAAGCAUUAUUUAGACAAUAAUCUGGUUGCCUCGUACUCUCCUCACGGAAUUUCUUCCUUCUUUGUUUCAUGAACUUGCAAUGGGAAGUACAAAGGAUUUGAGAUUCGCCUGCUUCUUCCCUUCCCUGCCAUUCUGAGGAAAGAAGAGCUGCCUUGUGUAAGGAGCCAAUAAUUCAGAAGGAAACAAGGACAAUCCACAACAGAAUCACAGAAUCACAGAAUUGUAGGGGUUGGAAGGGACCUCCAGAGAUCAUUGAGUCCAACCCCCCUGCCAAAGCAGGUUCCCUACAGCAGGUCGCACAGGUAGGCAUCCAGGCAGGUCUUGAACAUCUCCAGAGAAGGAGACUCCACCACCUCCCUGGGCAGCCUGUUCCAGUGCUCCGUCACCUCACUGUAAAGAAGUUCUUGCGCAUGUUUGUGCAGAACUUCCUAUGCUGCAGUUUCCAGCCGUUUCCCCUUGUCCUGUCUCCACUCACCACUGAAAAGAGUCCGGCCUCGCCAUUCUGCCCCCCACACCUUAGAUAUUUAUAGACCUGGAUCAGGUCCCCUCUCAGUCUCCUUUUCUCAAGGCUGAACAGACCCAGUUCACUCAGCCUUUCCUCAUAGGAGAGAUGCUCCAGGCCCUUCACCAUCUUUGUGGCCCUCCGCUGGACUCUUUCCAAGAGAUCCCUGUCUGUUUUGUACUGGGGAGCCCAGAACUGGACGCAGUACUCCAGAUGAGGUCUUACCAGGGCAGAGUAGAGGGGGAGGAUCACCUCCUUUGACCUGCUGGCCACGCUCUUUUUAAUGCACCCCAGGAUGCCAUUGGCCUUUUUGGCCACAAGGGCACACUGCUGGCUCAUGGCCAACCUGUCGUCCACCAGGACACCCAGGUCCCUCUCCGCAGAGCUCCCCUCCAGCAGCUCAUCCCCCAACCUGUACUGUAAUGAUGCACUUCUGUAAUGCCAGGUGCAUGUUCCCAGCCAGAUGCAAGCCUCUAUUAUCUUGCCCUCUUGACCAAAUAUUUCCCAUAAACUUCACUAUCUUAAGGUAGUAAAAACACACACAAAAAAGCCACUAAAGUCUUAAUUAGCUCCUGCAUUAGUCUUCUGAAUGAAUUUAAGGUUGACAUUACUAAUGAAGAAAAGGAAACCUGUAUUAACUCUUUGGGUUACACCCCACUGUAGUAAUUUCAGCAAAAGGUUCACAUUAUGAAAUUAUGUGCCUGGGAUUGUUUCUGUUUGGAUUAGUUUAAGGAAGUGCUCCAAGGUACUUAAAGAAAAUAAUGUGAAGGCAGGACAGAAGCAAGAUCCCUCGGGAAAGAUACUGCAAACGUAUUAAUGUUUCAUUUAUUGUGUUCCAAAUGAAUAACAAUUUCGUGUUAUUCAUUUGAACACUCCUUAAUUGUAAAAAAAAUACAACUAAGACUCAAUAUAAGCUAGAUAAGAUAGCAUGUGUGUUCAUGUUUCCUGAGGAUUUUUUUCUUUAAAUCAGUCGUGCUUUGCUAACGUUCACUUAGAUAGUUCUGUAGUGGCAAGUUAUUUAAUAAAUAUAAAAAAAAUGAGAGAGAAUAUAGCCUCAGUUAAUUUUCCAGCAGUUGGCACGCUUAUGUUCCUAAUAAAUUCAAAGUGUGCAACUGUUUUCUUAUGGCCAUAGAAAAUUUGUCUCCAGAUGUUGCUACAGAUGUCGAAAGACCAGGUUGCAUAGGGGGCUUUGAACAACCUGGUGUAGUGGGAGGUGUCCCUGCUUAUGGCAGUUGGGUUGCAACUGGAUGGGCUUUAAGAUUCCUUCCAACCCAAACCAUUCUCUAAUACUAUGUUUCUGUGUGAUAGUUUUUGACGUGUAAACAGUGAAACUUCCCACUCUCUUCAAGUUCGGUUGUGUUUUGUCCACUAGAGGUCAGUGCUCGCUCACUUUGCUCUUCCAUCCUUGGCUGCUGCGUAUAUUUGGGUUUUCAAACAGAAUUUUGUAAAGCGCUGCAGAGCACUUUUGCCCGUGUCAUCAUCUGCCAUGUUAUUCCGAUAUAGGUGCUUGAAGAGAGAUCUGUUUUUCAUUUUGUUGGGCUGUGAUUCAGAACUGACAAAAUUGAAAGUUUCCUUGUCCUCUGCGAGAACAGAUAUCUUAAAAGCUUUUAUUUUACUUUUGAAUGGCACUUGUCAGAGAAAGACUUGGUACUGAGUAUGUUGCCUUCCGACUAUAACUAAAUACUAAAAAUAUUUCCUCCAAUUCUACUUUAUUAGAAAUAUUAUCCGCCUUCUGCUGUAGUACCACAGUUCUUCAGAAUAAAGGUCCAGUUACCUCUUAAAAACCUCACCAUGAUUUUCAUCAUUCUUGGUUUCUGUAAAUGUAAUUUCUG